AAAUGGGUUUGGACAAAGAGCCGGGCUUAAUUCACCUGGAAACCAGCAUCACUGAAGGACAGGCGCUGUAUGUCACCUGCAAGCUGCAGAACUGCACCGACGCCAAUAAGGGCAAACCAUUCCCCGGCUACAUUGACCCCAAUUCUCUGGUGGUGCAAGAUGAGUAUGUGUUUGUCCAGGUGUCAACCGGGGGGAGGCCAAUCUACUACGUGUCAGCUAAAAGAGAUGUCUUCACCCCUAUGAAGCUGCCCAAGUAUACGCUGCCCAAGGAUCUGCAUGUGAUCAGUACGGAUGAAAACCGUGUCGUCGCGGCUGUGAGGGAGUGGAACCAGAAUGAAACCUACAACCUGUAUGUGUCGGACACUUCGGGGGUCUACUACACUCUGGCUCUGGAGAACGUGGUCAGCAGCAUGGGCCCCGAGGGAAACGUCAUGGUCGACCUCUACGAG